UGCACUUUCCAUCCUCCAAUCUCUUCCACCGCGCAUAGACUUCACUAUUCUUGAACAUGUCGACCAAAACGACAUCCCUCGAAACGCCCUGCACCCACCAACAAAAAUGCAUGACUGUAAAACUCGCUCUUCUGUCACUUCGUCAAGCUUUGAGCUCAUUGAGUUUCCAGGCUCAGCUUGUUGCUCUCAUUGCCAAUGUAUUCUCAGUGGAUGCCUUAGAGAUUGCAAAGCAGUUCAACCUCAAAUCAUACGUUUACUUUCCCAUGUCUGUUACUUCCUUGUGUUUCUGCAUCAAGUUUCCCGAACUUGAUGAGGAUCAAGAGAUGGUUUCUGCUGGAUUUCGAGAGUUAUCACAACCUUUGAAACUUCCAGGUUGCAUAGCCUUUCAUGGCAAGGAUCUCCCUGACAUAGUUCAAGAAAGAUCAAGUGAAUCCUACAAAACAAUUCUUCACAUUUGUAAACGAUUCAAUUUUGUAGAUGGUAUCAUAGUGAAUAGCUUCUUAGAACUAGAAUGAGAG